CCAUCAGAAGAAAGCACAAAUGGGGGAUCAUUGUAAGGAUAGCGUGACCUCCAUUAUGGACCUUCCUGAUGACUGUCUUCUUGCUAUUUUCCGGUGGCUGCAAGGAAGCACAGAUCGAGAUUCUUUUGGCUUAACAUGUCGACGUUGGCUUCAGAUUCAAAACAUAGGACGUAGAUCAUUACAGUUCCAUUGUUCUUUGACCAGGACCAAUCUCUCAUCAUUUUCUCACGUUGGCCCCAAUAUCGAGUCCUUCCAUCUUUAUAAGCUACUUACACGUUUCCAACAACUUAGCUCUCUGUCUUUAUCUGGAUGCACCGAGUUGUCAGAUUCAGGGUUAACACUGUUGCAACGCUAUGGCUCCAACUUACAAUCUCUAUAUCUGGAUUGUUGUUUUAGAAUUACAGAUGGUGGACUAUCUGCGGUGGCUAAUGGAUGUCCUUCUUUGACUUCUGUAAGUCUUUAUCGAUGCAACAUCACUGACGCUGGGUUGGAAUCCCUGGCUAAAUUCUGCUCAUCUUUGAAAGAUAUGAAUCUUUCACAUUGUUCACUCAUUACUGAUUGUGGGAUAGGAUCUCUAUCACGAGAAUGCCGCCAACUCAGAGCUGUAACGAUAUCAUUCUGCCGAGGUAUUACUGGUAUUGGAUUUAGAGGUUGUUCACAGACUCUAACUUAUUUGGAGGCUGAUUCAUGCAAGUUUGACCCUAAUGGCAUAUUAGGAAUCGUUAGUGGUGGGGGACUUGAAUAUGUGAAUGUUUCUUGUCUGAGUUGGUGCAUUCAUGGUGAUGGUUUGGCCGGGAUUGGGGCUGGAUUUGCCAUGAGGCUCCGGGUCCUUAACCUCCGAAUGUGUCGAAGUGUGAGUGAUACUUCCAUCAUGGCCAUAGCUAAGGGGUGCCCAGCACUUCAGGAAUGGAAUCUAGCAUUGUGUCAUGAAGUCAGAUUGCCUGGAUGGGAGGCUAUAGGGACAAACUGCCAUAACUUGGAGGUACUUCAUGUGAACAGGUGCCGAAAUUUAUGUGACCGUGGAUUCCAGGCUUUGCGGGAUGGCUGCAAACAGCUAUCCGUCUUGUACAUGCAUCGGUGUCGGCUAAUCACUCCUACAGCAAUAGAGUUGUUCAAGUGUUUAAGAGGAGAUGUGAAGAUCAAGGAAGAGGAAUUGAUGUCAAUUGGGUGUGACUUGGGGUUUCGUCAUUAAGUGAAGGGAGUUUAAUUGUUCAGGACACUAGCCCCUCCUUCCCUUUCUGUUGGCUUUAUUCCCAACAGGAGCUAUAGAAUAUGAAGUUCAAGAUUUGCAACAAGCAUCAUCCUAACCCUUAAUUGGGGUUAGGGGUUAAAAGAGAAAGUCAAAUUGAAGUUUGAUGCAGCAAAAUUUUGUUAAUUAGACAUCAGGGAAAUGCUCCAGAUUUAACUUGGACUUUUGGCCCAUAUCAAGAGAUGUUUAUGUCUAUGGUUUUGUGUUUCAUUUUUUUAAUUUGAAUUGUAUCUGGAAGGAACCAUUGGACGUAUCCAUAACCAUUAUUUGUGUUAGAAGAGUAUUUUCAAGUUAUUACUCAUUUCCCCUUUCUACAAUAUCCUUUAUGAUAUAGAAUGUAUAAUCUCUUGUUCAGAA